AUGGAACAGUUGGACCUCGAUCAGAUUCUGUUUGGGCUAGACACCUUCAUAACACAGUGUAUAGAUGGAUCGUUGCAACUGGAAGGUGCUCUUUUGGAGUCUGCUGAAGUUUUACUUGACCAGUUGUUCGUCAAGUUGAGAGACCCUUCAACAAGAUCGAAUCACCUAAUUACACUGAAUUUGGCCAAGUUUGUACAAGCUGCGUCGUAUCUAAUAUCCAGUUCAGAAGCUCACGGUGCUUUGGCGGUGAGAUUGCUGAAAGUGCUGGCAAAUGCCGUGGCUGACGAAGAUCACAAUAGGGCAGUUGUUGUUGGCGACGAACGCUUUCUGAAGACUUUGGAGGCUCAUAUCAGAGAUAACUUUGAUUACGAAGAUCUGAACAACCUGAUAUUUGUACUGAUGAAGAACUUGAUUGUUGAUUCUCCAGGUAUCGCGCAACAAUUGGCGUUCAUGACUGAUGCCAUUAUGACGAAUGUUCUAUACGAUAAGUCCUAUUUUGGAAUAUCUGUGCUUGCAGAGCUGAUUCCAUACAAGAAGUUCACACCAGAGACGAGGAAAGUUCUUCAGUUCGAGUCCCUUAUCAUCUCUGUUAUCUCUUCGAGGAACAAAUAUGACGAGGAUGAAUUCACAGAACAGUUGAUCGAUCUUUCCUCUAUAUUGGAGUCACUAACUAGCGAUUUGUCGUUGGAUUUCAAAGACGAAUACUAUGAGAAACAGGUGCAGUUGAAUCUAUUCAGCAUCGAGGAAGCAUUAUAUCCUCUGGAGUUUCCUAAUAAGCUGAGAGUUCAGAGAGUGGUACUUUCAUGUUCUGGUAACGUCUCGGCAAACCCCACAACCAACAACGCCGUUAUGCUAUCGUACCUCUUAAAAGGUAUACAUUCUGACGACGAAACAAAUGGUUACAAGAUAUCAAUGGCAUUCACCAUCAUUGGUAAUUACAUCACUUCGAGUUCUAAGAAAAUGGAAAUCUUGGAUAAAGACCCGCAAAUCAUUUCCCAAGCAUUGAAGAAAUACAACUAUUUGGUGGACCCUGUCCAAUUCCAAGGUCUACUACACCUUUUGAAGGGUCUUGUAUCGUUUGACACUGUAUCCCAGCUAUUCCAAGCGGACUCUGUCAACGAGUUUACCUCAUUAGUCGAGGCAACUGUGAGAAACUCCCGUUACUAUACGAACUUCACUGACUUACUCUUGAAAUUCCUGAAGAAGACGUUAGUACUGCUGGGCAAGUCCCAAGUUGAAGCACUGCUCAAGACAAACAUCAUAGAGUCCCUACUCUCAGCUGAUUCCACCUAUGACUACGACAUAGUCUUCCUGCUGCUGCUGAACAAGAUCUCCAUCCAUGGGUUCCCCCUGGCUGUCUAUGGACCACAACUGCUGGAUCGGGUGUUCAAGUUUCCCAGCGCAAAUGUCCCAGAUAUAUACAUCUUCGAGAUGACAAAGACUCUGGGUGUACUACUACAGCAUAACGGCCAAUUCAUGCUAGAUAACUACACCGAUUCGAUACUCCACUUCAUAGAGCAAUGUCCAUCUACAAAGGGAGAAGCAGCCCCACAAGUGGCAUACAUGGUUGAAAACAACGUCAAGUACAUCUGCCACUCUCUAAUUGAGCUCAACAAGACCUAUCCAGUGGCUCAAGACUUGUUGAAUAGAGCACAGCUCAUACUCCCAUCCCAAUCACAUAGUUAG